UGGUCCUUCAGGUUUGCUCUGUUCUGCAGUAAACCAAGGGAAGGCCUGUCCCAAAAAACAGCCUCCCCAGCCUGGCUGCUUGUACAACCAGAUGUCUGCCUUUUAGUCAUCGCUAUCCUCCAGGAGGAAUUAAUUCUCAAUCGCAACAAGAACUGCUUUUGCCACCCAGGCAGCGUUCACCACAAACACAGGGCAGCAGCUCCGGAGCCUUCCAGCCCUGUUUGCUUUCCGGGUGUGAGUGCUAAACGGGGCAGACUGGAAAGCUCUCCCUGGCCUCCUGUUAAUGUUUACAAGGGCUGUCCAAAGAACAGAUCCCUCCCCGGGAUCCUGCUUCCUGCCGGCCUGGGCAGGGUGACGACAGCUGCACAAAGGAAAACCCUCAGCUCCUGCUGCCCGGAGAGCCCAACUGCAGCUGCAGAUGAGUAAUGCCACCCAUGCUUGGCCCUCUCCUGCGGCGCCCAGCUCUCCAGGGCCGAGCACAGCUGCCAGGCUGGCCUCCGCCACCCCAUCCUCAGCCCUCACCCUGCUCACAGCUGCUCACAACGACUCCAAGGAUGGCCAGCAGCUCUUCCUGACCACAACAACAGCACGGGUCAUCUCCGGCAUCUUCGUGUGGUCAGCACUCAUUGUCACCUUCCACCAGAUCUACACGCACCUGAGGAACUACACCAUCCCCAAGGAGCAGCGCUACAUCAUCCGCAUCCUUUUCAUCGUGCCCAUCUACGCCUUCGACUCAUGGCUCAGCCUCCUGCUCCUUGGCAGCCACCAGUACUACGUCUACUUCGACUCAGUGCGCGACUGCUACGAGGCUUUUGUGAUUUACAGCUUUCUGAGCCUGUGCUUUGAGUACCUCGGUGGGGAGAGCACCAUCAUGACUGAGAUCCGAGGGAAACCCAUUGCGUCUAGCUGCUUGUACGGGACCUGCUGCCUCCAGGGCAUGUCCUACUCCAUUGGCUUCCUGCGCUUCUGUAAGCAGGCCACGCUUCAGUUCUGCAUUGUGAAACCCCUCAUGGCAAUUGUCACCAUCAUCCUGCAGGCGUUUGGGAAGUACCACGACGGGGACUUCAAUGUCCGAAGCGGCUAUCUCUACAUCACCAUCAUCUACAACUUCUCUGUCAGCCUGGCUCUUUAUGCCCUCUUCCUCUUCUACUUUGCCACCAUGGACCUGCUGCGCCCUUUUGAGCCGGUCCUCAAGUUCAUCACCAUCAAGGCUGUCAUUUUCCUCUCCUUCUGGCAAGGGACACUGCUGGCAAUCCUGGAGAAAUGCGGGGUGAUCCCCGAAGUUCAGAUCAUCGAUGGGAAGGAGGUGGGGGCUGGGACUGUGGCUGCUGGAUACCAGAACUUCAUCAUCUGCAUUGAGAUGCUCUUUGCUUCCAUUGCGCUGCGCUACGCUUUUAGCUGCCGGGUGUACAGAGAGAAGAAAGAAAACUCAACAGCAAACCUUGCCCCGAUGCAGAGCAUCUCGAGUGGGCUGAAGGAGACGAUGAGCCCGCAGGACAUCGUGCAGGAUGCCAUCCACAACUUCUCGCCCACCUACCAGCAGUACACCCAGCAGGCCAUGCAGGAGGCAGAGCGCAAGGCGCCGGACGAGAACGGGCACGUGGCCUGCAGGGCAGAGGGAGCAGGAGGCAGGAAGAGCAAAAACAUCGAGAAGAGAGUGCUGAUCCUGUCGGAGGAGGAGCUGUAGGAGAUAUCCAAGGGGACAGAGACAUUGGAGGGGCUUAAAUGCAAGGAAGGGGAGACUCUCGAGGCUGUGACAACCUGGUCCUGUUGGCAUGCUGGAAGGAGGAGAGCCAGGAACUCUACUCAUAAAGCCAGUUCCUAAAAGGGAAGAUGCAAUAACCAGGGAAAGGUUAAAAUAGUGCCAGCUUCUGACUCAUCUCCGAGGUGUUAGGGACUGUGCUCUCUGCUUCACUGCCAGUCUCGGUGCCAGCCCUGUGCCCAUACCCCUGCUGGGCUCCCAGUGAGCCAGGAUCGCCCCAGUGCUGUUGGGCAGACUGGCCUCCUCACCCUGCUCUUACCUCCAAACAGCACCGAGGCCUGACAAAAAUGCUUUUCUCAGCACAGUUCUGCUCUACUUUCUCCUGAUUUGGGUAAAAAAAAGAUCUCCAGGGCCCCAUGGAGAAAAGCAGUGCAGGAAGGUGACUUCAAUUCGCCUCAAAACCUGGUAAAAUUUGAAAGACAUCAUGCCUUAUUUUUAUGUUUUCCUCUCUACUUCCCUUCAAAAAGCCCACAGAGCUGUACAGGAGCCCUUUACCAGGAGGAAGAGCAGCUCAUCCUCCUCAGCCUCCAGAUGGGGAUGCAGCUGCUGGACCAGAUCUCCUGGGAUCAGAAGUGGGACCCCUCCUGGACCUCACCGCACGGUCCUGCAGCUGCAUUCCUGAAAGCUGCAGUGACAGAGGAGCUUGUUUAUGUCUGAACCCAUUUAUCUGCAAGCGGAUCAGGAGUUAAAAGGGAUUCCAGCUUUCUUAUCAGAGCCAUUAGGGAACCAGACUGUGACUGGUGGUGGUAGGAAUGCACCGAAAGGGAACUGUCUGUUCCUCCUAACUCCUCUCCAUCCCCUGUCCCUACCCUGCAUGCAAGAAGCAAGUGCUGCAAGACCAGAAUCAGCGGACGCUGGAGGCCCUGGGGAACUCAGCUGCGUUGAGGGCUGUGUGAGCCAUUUCCCAGAGCACCACAGCAUCCCACCAAUCCAUCACCCUGCCUGGGCUCUGAGAAGGCACGUGGGGCUGAGCCACUGAGACAGAUUUUCUCUGUCCUGCUAAACUUCCUCUCCAGUUUUAUUUUCUCCUAUUUCUGUUCCCCUGCUGUUAAUCAGAUGAUCCCCUUGGGAACUUCUUCGGGCACCAGCCAGCUGUUGGCUGGGGUGGGAGCUGGGCAGUGGAAGGACAGGGGCAAGUCUGGAGCCUUUGAUUUGCAGUCACAUGGCAAACAAGCCUAUGGGUGAGGCUUAUAGCUGUUUUACAGCUCCUAGUAUUGUUUUAUUCCCUGCUCUUGAGCUGCAAAGUGUAAAUUGCAAGAGGGAAUUAUUUAUGAUUUUUUUUUCUAAUAAACAGCAAU